AUGGACUUAAUGAAUAAACUUACAUUAUAAUUUAAGGCUGCAGAUAUUGAAUUAAAAUAUUAAAAACAGUCGAUUUAAAAAUCACUCAAGCCUCUCCAUUUUGGUCUCCUUUUAAUGUCAUUAUUAUUGAAUACAAUUCAGAUAAUUAAAGUAACAACAAGGGAAUCCUUUGAAAUACCAUUUAUCAAUAUCACUUUUGUUGCCCUAACCAUAAUCAGUUUUUACAUUGUAUAUAAAAAGGAUUUUCUAACAUAGAAAAUAAUGACAAUAGAAAAUGCUUAUAUCUUAUUACUGUAAUUAAAUUUUACAGCUAGCAAUAUAGAUGGUUAAGAAUACUAUUUAUAUGGAAGUAGCUUUUCUUUGAUUUAGGCAGUAACAUAUUUUGCUACAGAUUUUUAUUUAAGUUGUCCAUCUGUUAUAUUUCAUUUAAUAUUCAGACUAGUUGCGACUACCUUGUAUGCAGGUAGAUUUGAUUUGGUAGGUUUGGGUCUUACUAUAACUACUGCAGUAUUUUUAAUAAGUGUGUUAUAUAUAUGUAAUAGAGCACAAAGGUAGUAAUUUUUAAUGAAUUACAAAGAAGAUACAAUCAAUUAUCAAUUAUAAACUUUAAUCAAUAAACCUUUUACAAAAAUUAUUUAUAAUGAAAAGAAGCUCUAAAUAGAUGUGCAUUAAGUAAAUUAAGAGUAGUAAUUUUUGGGUUACAAUCAAAAUUUGUGUUAUGGUUGUAAUAUUAGGAAUUUUGUAAGAAAUUGUAAGGUAGGCGAUAGAGCAUUAGAGAAAUGGAUAAUUCAUGAUUACACAAAUUUAAGCGGAAAUUGUCUUGCAAUUGCGAAAAGAACAAAAAUAAAAAUCAGACUUUGUCAAUUCAAUACUGAUAAUAGUUUGAUUUUAAUUUUAGAGAAUCCAAAAUUGGAUAAUAAGAAAAAAUAAGUUCCAUAAAUUGUAACAAAUCAAUUAGUAGAAUAAUUUUCUAAUAGUAAGAAAAACUUUUUUAAUUUGUAAUUUAAAUUUGGAGUCAUGUCUAUUUUAAUGCUAGGCUAAUAUAAAAUAAAAACAAUAAAUAUUGUAAAAUUAUUGAAUAAAUUAUUAAAUACUUAUAUUUUUUCAGGAAAGGUGAAUUUGAAUUUAAAUGGUAAUAAGAUAGUAAAAUUAAAGACUUAUGCUUAAUUUUUUAAAAUUUUCUUAAUUUAAGUUUUCAACAUAAUUUAGGAUAUGGAGUAUUCUUUAAAUACUUUUAAUGAAAUAAGUGUUAAUAAUUUUGACAAUUAUCUUACUUUUCAGAUAAGACUGUCAAAUAAGUAUUAAUUUUUGUAAUUAUACUAAAAAAACUUCUUUAUCAAGUACACUGAAUAACAUUUAUUGGUUACUCCGUUAACAUUAGAUUUGGUAUUUUAUUUUAAUAAAUUAAUUCCAUUUGAUGAAACGAAUUCUUAGUUAUGA